CCCAACAGUAUACAAGACAAUGUUGGAAAUCUCCUGGCUCAGUCUUGGUGCAGCAUUCACAGUGAGUACUUCUCCUUUAGUGUGUUCAUCCAGAUAUUACUUCUACUUCUUCCAGUGUGUGAGUUAUUUUGAUUAGUUGGUGUUAGUGGUUGGUGAGUGGCUAUUUGAUUGUAUCAGUUGAUUUUAUUCAUUUUUAAAAAGCUUUUUUUAAAGCUAAACCAACUUUUUUUACUUUUCAACUUUAUCUCAUUCUAUUCACUUAUCAUCAUGAAAUGUGAAUUUUGUGGUCGUGAUUUCUCACGUUUUUUCAAUUUGAAGAGACAUGCUUCAAAAUGUGAGGAAGAAUUUAAUAGGGCUGCAAAUCAUAUUUGUUGUUAUUGUGCCAAUUCAUUUGAUUCACUAACCUCAAGGAACCACCAUGAAAUAAUGUGCUCUAAAUUCUUGGAUGAUAAAGAUUUUGAGAGUGCAAUGAAUAUUAUCUGUGGAAAAUGUGGUAAGGUUUUUUCAAGGCCUGAUAAUAGAAAGAGACAUGAAAAUAUAUGCCAUGAAGUUUUUAGUAGUAUAUGCUCUCAUUGUGGGUAUAAUUUCACCAAUAUUCACAAUCUAUUACGUCAUGAAAAAGCUUGUGGAUCCAACCUCCCUCCUCAAAAACAGGCAAGAAUUGAGCCAAAAUUAGAUACAUUGCUAGCAAUGCAACCUGAUUUAGAUGGUAUCAAUGAGUAUGAGACUGCUUUUCAAGGGUGUCUCAAGUCAUAUUUUAUUCGAUGUGAUAUUAAUCAUGACUUACCUAAGUUUCUACAAGCAGUGAAACAAAAAAUAAUUGCUAGGUUGAGAACAUCAUUAAGUACUCAUGAGACAGUGAAGUUUAACAUCUUAGUUGACUGCACAAUGAUAAAUCAACUAGAUGAAGAACUCAAUACAUCAUUUAAAACAAAAAACCAUCCAGUGUUUAGGGAUACUGAUUUGGAUGAUAUUUUAAAUUCAAGAUUCGAUAAAUUGAACACUGAAUUAAGUGAAGUACAACUGAAGAAAAGUGGGUGGCAUCUCCUAGCAGCUGAUGGGCUUCGUUUGCGAAUAAACAAGUAUGUACCUCUUGGUGGUAGUACUUACAUUCCACUUCCUCAAGAAAUUGAAUGUCGCAAAGCAUGUAUUAAUGUGCAAAACUAUGACAAUAAAUGCUUCCAAUAUGCCAUUCUAUCAAAACUUGUUGGUGAAAAUCAUCCUUGUCGUGCAUCAUCUUAUGCCAACAUUGAUCAUACAUAUGACUUUGAUUGCAUCACAUAUCCAACUCCAUUACAUGAGAUAAAAAAGUUUGAAAAAAUAAAUCAAAUAUCAAUAAAUGUGUUUGGGCUGGAUGAAAACAACAAGGUUUAUCCACUCAAAGUUGUUGAUGAAGAGCUCAUUGAUCAUAGAGAUAUUCUAUCGAUCUCUAAUAAUGAUGGGGCAAGUCACUAUAUAUUUAUUAAAAACUUUGAGAAAUUGGUUGGAAGUGGGAAAACCAAACAUGAGCAUGUGGUAUCAAUAUGUAAACGGUGCUUUAGUCAUUUUGAUGACCAAUAUGGUGAAACCAAGGAAGUGAAACUUGAGAAACAUUUGAAAAUGUGUCUUCUCAACAAAGCUGUAAGAGUUGAUCUUCCACAUGCAAAGCCAUAUGUGAAGUUUGAACAUGUGGAGAGGGGACUGAAGGUGCCUUUUGUAGUAUACUGUGACUUUGAAUGUAUUUUAAAGCCAGUACAAAGCUGUACCCCAGAUGCAGCUGCCUCAUACACAGUAGAAGCACACAAACAUGAGGUCAUGAGCUUUUGUGUAUAUUUAAAACAAACACUGGAAUAUACAUGUCUACCAACACAUCCAUUCACAUACAGAGGUAGAGAUGCUGUGAAGGUGCUUCUGAACUAUUUGAAGGGAAUUGGUGAAAAAGUGUCAGAAAUAUAUAAAAGAAAAAUCCCAAUGGAUACAAUGUCACCAGAUGAAAUUGAUGAGUUUAAUUCUGCACACAAAUGUUACAUGUGUGACAAACACUUCAAUGUGGAAGACGUAAAAGUAAGAGAUCACUGUCAUAUGUCAGGAAAAUACAGAGGAGCAGCACAUAAUAGCUGUAACUUGAAGUAUCAAGUUCCACAUUUCCUCCCUGUAAUAUUCCACAAUCUCAGUGGAUAUGACAGCCACUUCAUUGUGCGUGAGUUAGGUUAUGAUGGAAAUCAAAUAGACGUCAUUCCCAACACUGAAGAAAAGUACAUAUCUCUCUCAAAAACCAUCAACAGAUUUAUCAAGCUACGCUUCCUUGACUCAUUCUGUUUCAUGUCAAGUAGCUUAGACAGUCUGGCCAGAAACCUUCCCAAUCUUGAGGAGAUAAGAAAAUUUUUUCCACCAGAACAUAUUCCUCUACUUACAAGAAAAGGAGUGUUCCCAUAUGAAUAUGUAACAAGUUGGGAAAAGUUGAAUGAAACAUCUCUACCUCCAAAAUCAGUGUUCUACUCAAAUUUGACAAAAACAGAUAUUACUGAUGAAGAUUAUUUGCAUGCAACAAAGGUUUGGAAUACAUUUGGUUUCACAACACUAGGGCAAUAAAGUGAUCAUUAUUUAUUGACUGAUGUGUUGUUGUUAGCUGAUGUGUUUGAAAAUUUUAGAAGCAUCACAAUGAAGACACAUAAGUUAGACCCAUGCCAUUAUUUCACUCUACCUGGUCUAUCUUGGGAUGCAAUGCUGCGAUUUACAGGCAUUCAACUGGAACUUCUCACUGACUAUGAGAAAAUAAUGAUGGUUGAGGAAGGAAUACGGGGUGGUUUGUGCCAAGUUUCACACCGACAUAUAAAAGCCAAUAACAAAUACAUGGAAACAUAUGAUUCAACUGCAGCUAGUGUUUUCAUCUCAUACAUAGAUUGUAAUAAUUUGUAUGGCCUGGCAAUGUCAAAACCACUGCCUUUUGGAGACUUCCAAUGGGUUGAUCUGAGUGCAAAUUAUCUACUCAAUGCACAAGAGGGUGAUAAAUAUGGUUACAUUGUUGAAGUUGAUGUGGAAUAUCCAAAAUCACUUCAUGAAGACCAUUGUGAUCUGCCAUUUCUACCUGAAGUGAUAUGUACAGGAAAUAAUCAAAAAAAGUUGUGUGCACAUGUGAA